AUGGAGGCGUUGGAGACUCUUGAUGCCUCUGGCUGCGAAUCAUUAACUCGCAUAUCUAGCUCCAUAGGCAAUCUAGCAUCUAUGUCUCGUCUUGACUUAGUAGCAUGCCAAUCGUUGACAGAGAUCCCCGACUCGAUUGGAAAGUUGGCAUCGUUGAAUGAGCUGCGAUUAGCGUGGACAUCGAUUACAAAAUUACCUGAAAGCAUUGGGAAUCUACAAAAUUUGAGGAUCUUGGACAUUAGGGGGAUUCCCGUGACGGAAUUACCUAGUGCUAUUGGAAUGCUGGCGAAACUUCAAGUAUUGAGCGCAUCAUGCUGCUGUAAUCUACAAGGACUGCCUAAUAAUAUAGGCGAACUGGUUUCGCUAAACGAGCUUUAUUUAGGCGGAUCGGGCAUUUUAGGCUUGCCAGAAAGCAUUUCUAAGCUCUCUUCUCUCCAACAUCUCAGCGUUAAAUUUUGCGAAAACCUUCGAGGAAUACCUGAACCGCCCUCCAGCUUAACAGCUCUGCACAUCACUUUCCCAAGUCCAUCGUUGCCAUUUCUUUCCAAACUAACCCUUCUCGAGGAACUCACUCUUUUCGAUUGCCGUCCACUUGAAUGUCUCCCCGAGCUUCCCGUCCGACUAUCCAAGGUUUCUCUUCCAUCUGUUAAUUUGUCCAGCGAGGCGCGCUUAUGCCAAUUGAUCCGCGACAAGUCCUUUAGGCUAAGAAAAGCCACCAGAUGCUCGCAUUCUGCGUGGGUUUGGUCUUGCACACUCUACGACAUUGAAUAGGCAUAUUCCCAGAUUGGCCAGAGGUAACGAGCCCAAAUUCUCAGGAGGUGACGAGCCCAAGUGUGUAUCUGACUGAGCUUGAAGAUCAGCUCCACAGCAGAAGGGAAGCUCCCAUGGCUCUCC